AUGGGAAGUAUAUUGACCGAAUCUCAAUCCAAAGAGCUACAUAAAGCGAUAAUCGGAUAUCUAUCAACGAUCAAUGCUUUCAAGACUGUCGCCGCUUUUCGCGACGAGCUGGAGUUGGAUGCCAUCUUUACGGACCAUGCUAUCAAGCAACUUGCACAGAUUCUGCAAAAGAAAUGGACAACAAAUACACUACUCCAGAGAAAAAUCAUGAAACUAGAGUCCGAGGUCGAUAGAUUAACAGAAGAACUAAGAUCACUACCAAAAUCCCUAUCACGCCAUAAAGACCUAGCAAAUUGGCUUCCUGACCAACCAGCCCAUACUCUCAAAUCACACAGAGCUGCCAUCACAUCUGUGGCCUUCCAUCCAACAUUUAACUCGCUGGCCUCCAGCUCUGAAGACUGCAGCAUCAAGAUUUGGGACUGGGAGCUGGGCGAACAUGAAAAGACUCUCAAAGGGCACACAAGGACAGUAACAGGCCUCGAUUUUGGCGGCAUAAAAGGUCAAAUCCUGCUCGCCUCAAGCUCCACCGACCUCACAAUCAAGAUCUGGGAUCCUAAUACCAACUACACUAAUGUUCGAACUCUUGUGGGGCACGAACAUUCCAUCUCCUGCGUCAAAUUUCUACGUCCAGGCGAUAAGACCCUUGUCUCGGCUAGCCGCGACGCUUCGAUUCGGUUUUGGGAUGUCUCGACUGGUUUCUGCCUAAAGACCAUCUAUACGUCUUGCGAUUGGAUCCGCGAUGUGAGCCCUUCAUUUGACGGGGAGUGGCUUGUUUCCGGUGGAAGUGACCAUGCCGCAACGAUCUGGCAUGUCGCUUCUGGUGACCCUCAGGCUAUACUACGCGGCCACGGGAAUGAUAUCGAGUGUUGUGCAUUUGCUCCUCCUGCUAGUCACUCCUACCUUGUGGCGCUAGCAGGAGGGAAAUCACUGCCUUCUGGGGGUUCCCCUGUUUGUGUUGUUGCCACAGGUGGGCGAGAUAAAUCGAUUAAACUCUGGGAUUUCAAUGGUUUACUGCUCAAGACUUUGGUGGGUCACGAUAACUGGGUUAGAGGCUUGGUAUUUCAUCCCGGUGGAAGGUUUCUGUUGAGUGUUGGCGAUGAUCGAACUCUGCGAUGCUGGGAUCUUGCUGAAGAUGGCAGGCUGUGGAGAACCAUUGAGGAUCUCCAUGGAGGUUUCGUUAGUUGUAUCCGCUGGGCACCCGCGGAGAUGAGCGAUGCGACUAGUAGUUCUUCAACAGAGGAGUUAGGGGCAGAUAAAAGGGUUGGUAGAGAGGUUAAGGAGUCGGGCGUGCGAUGUGUUUUGGCAACUGGUAGUUCUGAUUCAAAGGUGCGCAUCUUUAUGUAA